AUGUCUGUCUCUCUAUCUCUCCCUUUUUUCUCUUGUCUCUCUCUCCCUUUUUCUCUCUCUUUGUCUCUCUCUCCCUUUUUUCUCUCUUGUCUCUCUCUCCCUUUUUUUCUCUCUUUGUCUCUCUCUCCUUUUUUUCUCUUUGUCUCUCUCUCCUUUUUUUUCUCUCUUGUCUCUCUCUCAUCUUUUUUCCUCUUGUCUCUCUCAUCUUUUUUUCCUCUUGUCUCUCUCUCAUCUUUUUUUUCUCUUGUCUCUCUCUCUUUUUUUCCUCUUUGUCUGUCUCUCCUUUUUUUCCUCUUGUCUCUCUCCCUUCUUUCUCUUGUCUCUCUCUCUCCCUUCUUUCUCUUGUCUCUCUCUCUCUCCCUUCUUUCUCUUGUCUCUCUCUCUCCCUUCUUUCUCUUGUCUCUCUCUCUCUCCCUUCUUUCUCUUGUCUCUCUCUCUCCUUUUUUUCUUGUCUCUCUCUCUCCCUUUUUUUUCUCUUGUCUCUCUCUCUCUCCUUUUUUUCUCUUGUCUCUCUCUCUUCCUUUUUUUUCUCUUGUCUGUCUCUCCCCUUUUUCCUCUUGUCUGUCUCUCCCCUUUUUCCUCUUGUCUGUCUCUCCCUUUUUUCUCUUGUCUGUCUCUCCCUUUUUUCUCUCUUGUCUCUCUCUCCCUUUUUUCUCUCUUGUCUCUCUCUCCUUUUUUUCCUCUUGUCUCUCUCUCCCUUUUUUCUCUCUUGUCUUUCUCUCCCUUUUUUUCUCUCUUGUCUCUCUCUCCCUUUUUUUCCUCUUGUCUGUCUUUCAUCUUUUUCCUCUUGUCUGUCUUUCAUCUUUUUCCUCUUGUCUGUCUUUCAUCUUUUUACUCUUGUCUGUCUUUCAUCUUUUUCCUCUUGUCUGUCUCUCAUCUUUUUUCCCUUUUUUUCUCUCUUGUCUCUCUCUCCCUUUUUUCUCUCUUGUCUCUCUCUCCCUUUUUUUCUUUCUUGUCUCUCUCUCCCUUUUUUCUCUUGUCUCUCUCUCCCUUUUUUCUCUUGUCUCUCUCUCCCUUUUUUUUCUCUUGUCUCUCUCUCAUCUUUUUCUCUUGUCUCUCUCUCAUCUUUUUCUCUUGUCUCUCCCCUUUUUCCUCUUGUCUGUCUCUCCCCUUUUUCCUCUUGUCUGUCUCUCCCCUUUUUCCUCUUGUCUGUCUCUCCUUUUUUUCCUCUUGUCUGUCUCUCCUUUUUUUCCCCUUGUCUCUCUCUCUCUCGUCUCUCUCUCUCUCUCGUCUCUCUCUCCCUUUUUUUCUCUCUUGUCUCUCUCUCCUUUUUUUCUUUCUUGUCUCUCUCUCUUUCUUUUUUUCUUUUUCUCUCUCUCUCUCCCCUUUUUCCACUUGUCUCUCUCUCCCCUUUUCCUCUUUGUCUCUCUCUCUCUUUUUUUUUCUUGUCUCUCUCUCCCUUUUUUCUUUCUUGUCUCUCUCUCCCUUUUUUCUUUCUUGUCUCUCUCUCCCUUUUUUCUUUCUUGUCUCUCUCUCCCUUUUUUCUUUCUUGUCUCUCUCUCCCUUUUUUUUCUCUUGUCUCUCUCUCAUCUUUUUCCACUUGUCUGUCUCUCCCCUUUUUCCUCUUGUCUCUCUCUCCUUAUUUUCCUCUUGUCUCUCUCUCCCUUUUUUUCUCUCUUGUCUCUCUCUCCAUUUUUUUCUCUCUUGUCUCUCUCUCCAUUUUUUUCUCUCUUGUCUCUCUCUCCAUUUUUUUCUCUCUUGUCUCUCUCUCCCUUUUUUUCUCUCUUGUCUCUCUCUCACUUUUUUUCCUCUUGUCUCUCUCUCUCCCUUUUUUCUCUCUUGUCUCUCUCUCCCUUUUUUCUCUCUUGUCUCUCUCUCCCUUUUUUCUCUCUUGUCUCUCUCUCCCUUUUUUUUCUCUUGUCUGUCUCUCAUCUUUUUCCUCUUGUCUGUCUCUCAUAUUUUUCCUCUUGUCUGUCUCUCAUAUUUUUCCUCUUGUCUGUCUCUCAUAUUUUUCCUCUUGUCUGUCUCUCCUUUUUUUCCUCUUGUCUGUCUCUCCUUUUUUUCCUCUUGUCUGUCUCUCAUCUUUUUCCUCUUGUCUGUCUCUCAUCUUUUUCCUCUUGUCUGUCUCUCCCUUUUUUCUCUCUUGUCUGUCUCUCCCUUUUUUCUCUCUUGUCUCUCUCUCCCUUUUUUUCUUUCUUGUCUCUCUCCCUUUUUUCUCUCUUGUCUGUCUCUCCCCUUUUUCCUCUUGUCUCUCUCUCCCUUUUUUUCUCUCGUCUCUCUCUCCCUUUUUUUCUCUCUUGUCUCUCUCUCCUUUUUUUCUUUCUUGUCUCUCUCUCCCUUUUUUCUUUCUUGUCUCUCUCUCAUCUUUUUUUUUCUUGUCUGUCUCUCCCUUUUCCUCUUGUCUCUCUCUCCCUCUUUUUUCUUUCUUGUCUCUCUCUCCCUUUUUUCUUUCUUGUCUCUCUCUCCCUUUUUUCUCUCUUGUCUGUCUCUCAUCUUUUUCCUCUUGUCUCUCUCUCCCUUUUUUUCUCUCUUGUCUCUCUCUCCCUUUUUUUCUCAUUUCUUAUUUCCCCCCCUCUCUCUUCUUGCUACUCUCUCAUCUCUUAUAUGUGA